ACAAUGUAGGCGUGCCUAGCUAACUGUUUGAAUAUUCAUAACUACCUUGUUUAUAUGCGAAGAAUAUAAUUUAGCCUUUCGAUUGAGACCGACAAAAAAUAUUAAAUCGUCAUAUUAAAUCGUCAGCAUGGCUUUCCGAGCUGCAUUGUCUACAAAGGCUCUAGGCCAGACUUUCUUGAAGUCUGCUGUAGUCCGCAGCAAGUCCACAGCAGUUGAUCCUGUAGCAAGUGCCCUUGGAAAUGGUGUCUCAUUUGAUAUCUCAGAUGAACAGAAGGAAUACCAGCAAGUGGCAAGAAAGUUUGCCAGGGAAGAGAUCAUUCCCAAGGCACCGGAAUAUGACAAGUCUGGUGAAUACCCAAUGGAUAUCAUCAAGAAGGCUUGGGAGGUCGGGCUAAUGAAUACACACAUACCAGAGGAUUGUGGUGGAGCAGGCCUCGGAAUAUUAGAUACAUGCAUCGUAACAGAGGAGCUAGCCUAUGCGUGCACAGGAGUACAGACAGCUAUUGAGGGAAACUCUCUUGGGCAAAUGCCAGUCAUAAUUGCUGGAAAUGCAGAACAAAAGAAGAAGUAUCUAGGACGUAUGACGGAAGAACCUCUUAUGUGUGCCUAUGGCGUUACUGAACCAGGUGCUGGCUCUGAUGUUGCUGGUCUCAAGACCCGAGCAGUGAAGAAGGGAGACGAAUACAUAAUAAACGGAAACAAGAUGUGGAUUACAAAUGGUGGGCACGCCAACUGGUACUUUGUACUAGCCAGGACAGACCCUGACCCAAAGACGUCAGCUGGCAAAGCGUUCACAGGGUUUAUUGUGGACAGGGAUACACCUGGCUUGACACCUGGGCGAAAGGAGUGGAACAUGGGUCAACGUGCAUCGGACACACGUGGUAUAACCUUUGAGGAUGUUGUGGUUCCAAAGGAGAACGUCUUGGGAGCAGAAGGCAUGGGAUUCAAGGUUGCAAUGGGUGCCUUUGACAAGACAAGACCACCAGUUGCAGCUGGAGCUGUAGGCCUAGCUCAGCGAGCCCUGGAGGAGGCUACUAAGUACUCAAUGGAGAGGAAAACAAUGGGCAGGUACAUCUGUGAGCAUCAAGCUGUUGCAUUCAUGCUGGCUGACAUGGCAAUCGGCAUUGAAGCAUCCCGUCUCCUCACAUACCGGUCGUCAUGGGAGAUUGACCAAGGAAAGAGGAACACUUACUUUGCAUCAAUAGCUAAGGCGUUUGCGGCUGACGUGGCAAACAAAGCAGCCACAGAUGCAGUGCAGAUCUUUGGUGGUAAUGGGUUCAAUAGUGAAUAUCCAGUAGAGAAACUAAUGAGGGAUGCCAAGAUCUUCCAGAUCUAUGAGGGUACAGCGCAAAUUCAGAGGCAUAUCAUAUCAAGGGAACUUCUCACCAGAGCAAAGGAGAUGAUGUAAUAAGCUAUCGCAAACCUAUUGCACUCUUCUUGCCCACAUGUGUUUCACACCCUCUAUUUUGAAUAUCAUUGUAAUAAUUUUUUUAAAUAAAACAAAUGCUAAUGCAGUAGAUACCGUCUGUUGUUACUGGUUAACUUAAAGCUUUUCGUAUUAUACAAUGUACAUAGAUCCAGGUUAAUUAACAAUAUUUAAUUAUUUACAUGGAAUAUUCAUGCCAUAUUGUUCUUCCUAGUAUAUGCAUUGUGAAGUUUAUCAUUUAUUUCCUUUAUGAAAUAUUAAAGAAUUUAUUUUUUGGAGGAUGACA